AUGUCGAUGUCGAAGAGUUCUAAGAUGCUUCAGUUCAUCAACUACAGGAUGCGAGUGACGAUCCAAGACGGAAGGCAGCUCGUGGGGAAGUUUAUGGCGUUCGACCGCCACAUGAAUCUCGUUCUCGGCGACUGCGAGGAGUUCCGUAAGCUUCCACCAGCGAAAGGGAAGAAGAUCAACGAGGAGAGGGAAGAUCGCCGUACGCUCGGUUUGGUGCUGCUUAGAGGUGAAGAGGUUAUCUCCAUGACAGUCGAAGGACCACCUCCUCCUGAAGAAUCUCGUGCUAAGUCUGGCUCAGCAGCUGCUAUUGCCGGUCCAGGAAUCGGCCGUGCCGCCGGACGCGGAGUACCAACAGGUCCGCUCGUUCAAGCUCAGCCUGGGCUUUCUGGUCCGGUUCGUGGAGUCGGUGGACCAGCUCCGGGAAUGAUGCAGCCUCAGAUCUCUCGUCCGCCGCAGCUCUCAGCUCCUCCGAUUAUCCGACCUCCAGGACAGAUGCUUCCACCGCCUCCAGCUUUUGGUGGUCAAGGUCCUCCUCAGAUGGGAAGAGGUCUUCCUCAAGGUCCUCCUCCGCCUUACGGUAUGAGGCCACCGCAGCAGUUUCAAGGACCACCUCCUCCGUAUGGGCAAAGGCCGAUGGUUCCUCCUCCUGGUGGUAUGAUGAGAGGACCUCCUCCACCUCAUGGGAUGCAAGGACCGCCUCCUCCUCGCCCUGGAAUGCCUCCUCCUCCUGGAAGUUUUGCUCCACCGCGUCCCGGCAUGCCACCACCGCCUAAUCCCCAUAACCAGCAGCAGUGA